AUGAUGUCGCUCCUUGAAGAUAUAUUCUUACGAGAUGAGGCUGAUGAAGCCAGAGAGCUAGAACGCAUUAUUGAAGGAGAUGAAUAUGACGAGAAACCGCAACGUUCCGAUAGUGAUGAUAAUAGUGAAAAAGAUGAUGAAGCAGAGGAAGAAAAAAAGCGUGUUGACCCUUCCACAACAAAGACAAAACGUGCCGUUAAAAAUCCCCGAUUCAUUUUAAAUCCUGCACGGCUUACCGGACCUAGAGGAAUACAGGUUAUUCCCGACCAUUUUAAGGAUUUCAAAUUUAAAGGUAAAGGUCAUGAAAAAGAAGACCUAGAUUUAGUGCUGAAAAAGUUAGAACAUUGGGCAUACAGACUCUAUCCAAAGUUUGAGUUUGAAGACUGCUUGAAAAAGAUUGAAACACUGGGCAAGAAGAGGCCUGUUAUGGUCCACUUACACAAAAUAAGGUCAGAUCAAUUUGUUUCUGAGGAGACGAUAGUCCAAAAAGAUUCCAGUGAUGAAGAAACUGUACCUAUUGAUAAAGAGGAGGAUGAGUUUGACAAACUAUUGCAGCAGCAGAUUGAAUUGGCUCGUUCUACCCCUCGCCCUGGAUCUGUUAAGGCACAUGCAUUGGAAAAUUCUUUUAUGGACAGAUCGUCUAUUACUGCACCAAAAGCAACAUCAUCUCCAUCAAUUAGUGAAGAGCAAAAGGAAAGAAUGAUGAGAAAUCGGAAAUUGGCCGAAGAACGACGCCUUGCCAGGUUAAAAAAUAUUAGCACUGUUACAAGCGCUGCCAAUAAAUCUACUGGUAACCUUCCCUAUAAUAAGCCUGUUGAACAAACAGACAAACGCAAUGACGAUAUGGGAAUUGACACAGAUAAUAUAGAUUUACCUCGAAGGCAUAACAGAUCAAAUGUAAUCGACAGUUCUGAUGAUGAAGAUGGUAUUACGACAGUAAGUGAAGCAGUAACAGUAGAUAUCCAUGCAGAUAUUAAUAUGAAAACUACAUGCUCUAAUCAUACAAAAGAGUGUAAUGAAGAGAUUAGAACUGAAAAUGAUUUUGAUAGCAUUCUUAAUGAUGAUAGAGAUAAAGAUGAUGGUAGAAAUACAAAUGAUAGUGAUAAUGUCAUUAAUACGGAAUGUUUAGCCAUAGCAAAUCAAGAUCUUACAAUCCGACAAAAUGAAAAUGUCUGUGAAAUUAAUGAUAUAUCCAAAAACAAAGAUCAAAGGGAAGAAAAUCUUGAUAACAGUGUUUUUAUAAUUGAUGCAGAAUUAUCUGAUAAUGUUUCAAAAUAUAGCAAAGAUGCAGACACCAUUAAAGAUAAAGAAACAAAUCAUGAAUACAUUUCUGAAGCUAUUCAACAUGAAAAUAUGCCUUGUGAAGAAAAUGUAACAUUGUAUCAAGAUCCAGAUGAAAUAACAAAUGGUACAGUUAAUCAAGUUACAUCUGGUGUAUUUGUAGUAACUGAAGUCAAUAAAACACUUGUUAGUAAUGACAAAGUUAACUCAAAAGCUCAUGUUGAGAAAGAAUUGGAUGAUGAUUUAAUGGAUGUAGAUUUUACUGAAGACUUC